GGCCAAGGGGUGAUGUUUACAGAAAAACUAUUUCCCAUAAUGAAGAAAGACUUAAAACCUCGUAGUUAACAACCAUUAAGACCAUCUUGUUGCUGCUGUGUGUGUCUCCCUCCCUCCAUUACAAGAUGUCGACACCAUUGCAACGCGUCUGUGACUUCCCAAAUUUCACACAGCAGGCUUACAGAUAUGGGAUUGCACUUUCUUGCAUUGGUGUUCUACUCAAUUGGCUGGGUGUUGCUCAAGAGUACAUUGAGCCUGUCCGCUACCUAGGAGUUGGACUGGUCAUUAUCGGGUCCUUCCUCAUCAUUGCUGCCAUGUGCCGCUGGAUGUGUCUCACACCUCAUCCCAGCACCGUCCAUGAGGUGAAUCCUGAUGGAGCGGGUGACCUACACGUGAUCACCGUACCCAUGAGUCGAUCGCAAGUCACCUUACGCACACCAGGAACCUCGAGAGCUUCCCAGGGAAAGCCGCCAGAUUAUUUCUUAGUCACCGAAAAGCCACCGAGUUAUGAGGAAGCCAUGUCCAUGUUGCCACCGUAUUCAGCCACACGGUCAGGUUCCUUGCAGUUGAAUACAGAAGGCGGCCUGGAGGACUUCUUAGCUCCUCAUCAAGUACCUGAAAGCCAACCUGAAGGUGCCACUGGUGGGUCUUUACAACAGCCGAACAUGAGAAUGGAAACUGGCAAUCACGAAGAGUCGGAAUGUUCAGUUGGCCCAUUACCUCCUCCUCCAGCUUAUUCGAGCCAAGUAUCACUGUGUGCCUCACUGUCCACGGGCGGGAACAGUGACAAUUCGUGCCCGCCUCUGGAAGACAACACUAAUAACCUUGACACCAGCACUUACACACAGAUACACACACUAGAUGCUGGCAACCAAGGUGUCCCCACGUCACCAGUCCAUCCACCUGAAGUUAACACAAACGAACAAACUACUACUGAAAGCAUUGAACCUCCUGAGAAAUGCCCAAAGAUCGAUCAGACACCAUCAUCAACUGACAGUGGGAAUGACAAAUAGUUGACCUGUUAAGUGGAUGUUUUAUGAGUUGCAUCUUUGCACUUUACACAACACAUAAUCAUAAGAGAGUUAGACCUGUUAUGGAUAUAUUUACGAUGAAGAUACUGGUAGUGGAUACAUGGGUGGGGUAACAGAUGCAGGUUCAGUGAUAUACAGUAAUGCAAGAAAUGGUAUGGACUCGUGUCGUCCUUAAAGAAAUGACCCCCCUACUCCCCCCCUCAUAAAAAACUCAAAUCCCAUCAAGAAAAAGCUUAUGGCCAGACGACAUUAAAUUUCCUAUCCGUUAUCUCUCUGAAAGUCCUUUAUUACUUUGAUUUCUCUUUUUUCUUCUUUUUUAAGUUUCUUUUUUAAAGGAAAACUACAAGAAUUAUUUUGGUGCUAAGUGUAUAUACCAGUUGUACAGUGUUG